GCUGUCACCGCGGACGCGCCGCGCGCACCGACCCGGGCCGCGGGCAUCGGGGACCGCCAGCCCCACGCCCGCCGCUGCCCGGCCGGGGUCUUCGGCUCCCGCCGCCCGGUGAGCACCGGCCGGGCGGAGGGCGAUGUCCGCCCGGGCCCGCCGCGGUCCCCGGGGCAACCGGGCGCCGCCCCUCGCGCCCCUCUGCUGCUUCUCGGCCGCGCUGGUGGUGCUGUGGUCGCCCGCCUCGCAGGCGUUCAACUUGGACGUGGACCAGCUCACGGUGUACGGCGGCCCCGAGGGCAGCUACUUCGGCUACGCGGUGGACUUCCACGUACCUGCCGCUCGCACAGCGAGUGUCUUGGUGGGAGCGCCCAAAGCCAACACCAGCCAGCCAGACAUCGUGGAAGGGGGAGCCGUCUACUACUGUCCUUGGCCCGCCGAGGGGUCCGUGCAGUGCAGGCAGAUACCGUUUGACACCACCAACAACAGAAAGAUCAGAGUAAAUGGAACCAAGGAGCCUAUAGAGUUUAAAUCGAAUCAAUGGUUUGGAGCAACAGUGAAAGCUCAUAAAGGAAAAGUGGUGGCCUGUGCUCCAUUAUAUCACUGGAGAACUCUUAAACCGACACCAGAAAAGGACCCAGUUGGCACUUGCUACGUAGCGAUUCAGAAUUUCAGUGCGUACGCUGAGUACUCGCCUUGUCGGAACAGCAACGCGGAUCCUGAAGGUCAGGGUUACUGCCAAGCAGGAUUCAGUCUGGACUUUUAUAAGAAUGGAGACCUUAUAGUUGGAGGCCCUGGCAGUUUUUAUUGGCAAGGUCAGGUGAUCACUGCCAGUAUUGCAGAUAUCAUUGCAAACUACUCAUUCAAGGAUAUCCUGAGAAAAUUGGCUGGAGAAAAGCAGACAGAAGUGGCUCCUGCUUCCUACGAUGACAGUUACCUUGGAUAUUCAGUUGCUGCUGGGGAAUUUACUGGGGACUCUCAGCAAGAAUUGGUUGCUGGGGUUCCCAGAGGAGCACAGAAUUUUGGAUGCGUUUCAGUCAUUAACUCUACAGAUAUGACCUUUAUUCAGAAUUUCACUGGUGAACAGAUGGCAUCUUACUUUGGAUAUACAAUUGCAGUAUCAGAUGUUAACAAUGAUGGAAUGGAUGACAUAUUGAUCGGGGCACCUCUCUUUAUGGAACGUGAAUUUGAGAGCAACCCCAGAGAAGUAGGGCAAGUUUACCUGUAUUUGCAAGUGAACGUGCUGGCCUUCAGAAAUCCGCAGAUCCUCGCAGGCACUGACAUUUUCGGGAGAUUCGGUAGUGCUUUGGCACAUUUAGGAGACCUGAACCAAGAUGGAUACAAUGACAUUGCCAUCGGUGCGCCCUUUGCAGGCAAGGACCAAAGAGGCAAAGUGCUCAUUUACAACGGGAACAAGAAUGGCUUAAACGCCAAGGCUUCCCAAAUUCUGCAAGGAGUGUGGGCCUCACAGGCUGUCCCUUCUGGAUUCGGCUUUACUUUAAGAGGAGAUUCUGACAUAGACAAGAAUGAUUACCCAGAUUUAAUUGUGGGUGCAUUUGGAACAGGAAAAGUAGCUGUUUACAGAGCGAGGCCGGUUGUGACGGUGGGAGCCCAGCUUCUCCUGCACCCGGUGAUCAUCAAUCUGGAAAAUAAAACCUGCCAGAUUCCAGAAUCGAUGGCAUCUGUGGCGUGCUUUUCUUUAAGAGUGUGUGCAUCUGUGGCAGGCCAGAGCAUUUCAAACACAAUAGGCCUGACUGCCGAGGUGCAAUUAGAUUCCCUGAAACAAAAAGGAGCCAUUAAACGCACGCUCUUCCUUGAUAACCAUCAGUCACAUCUCGUCUUCCCUCUCGUGAUAAAGGGGCAGAAAUCCCUCCAAUGCCAGGAUUUUAUCGUUUACCUUCGAGAUGAAACUGAAUUCCGAGAUAAAUUGUCUCCAAUCAACAUUAGUUUGAAUUACAGUUUGGAUGAAUCCACCUUUAAAGAAGGUCUGGAGGUGAAACCAAUAUUGAAUUACUACAGGGAAAACGUUGUUACCGAACAGGCUCACAUCCUGGUCGACUGUGGAGAAGAUAACAUGUGCAUUCCUGACUUGAAGCUGUCAGCUAGACCAGAUAAGCAUCAGGUCAUCAUUGGAGAUGAAAACCACCUUAUGCUCACAAUCAACGCGAGAAAUGAAGGGGAAGGUGCCUACGAAGCCGAGCUCUUUGUGAUAAUUCCAGAAGAGGCUGAUUAUGUUGGGAUUGAACGCAGCAACAAGGCAUUGAGACCACUGAGCUGUGAGUACAAGAUGGACAAUGUCACCCGAAUGGUGGUGUGUGACCUUGGGAACCCUAUGGUGGCUGGAACAAAUUCUUCCCUGGGCCUCCGAUUUGCAGUUCCACGACUUGAGAAAACAAACAUAAGCAUUAACUUCGAUCUCCAAAUCAGAAGUUCCAACAAGGACAACCCAGACAGCAAUUUUGUGAGCCUGCAAAUCAACAUCACUGCUGUAGCUCAAGUAGAAAUAAGAGGGGUAUCCCACCCUCCGCAGAUCGUUCUGCCCAUUCGUAACUGGGAACCGGAAGAGGAGCCCCGCAAGGAGGAGGGAGUUGGACCAUUGGUGGAACAUAUUUAUGAGCUGCACAACAUUGGACCAAGCACCAUCAGUGAUACCCUUCUGGAGGUGGGCUGGCCCUUCUCUGCCCGGGACGAAUUUCUCCUCUACAUUUUUCAUAUUCAAACUCUGGGACCUCUGCGAUGUCAAACAAAUCCUGAUAUCAACCCACAGGAUAUAAAGCCCGCUGGCCCCCCCGAAGACACCCCCGAGCUGAGCGCCUUUUUGAGGAACUCCACCAUCCCUCAUCUGGUCAGGAAGAGAGAUGUGCCUGCGCUGGAGCCUCACAGACAGAGCCCCGCAAAGAUCCUGAAUUGUACAAAUAUCGAGUGCUUACAAAUCUCCUGUGCAGUGGGACAACUAGGAGGAGGAGAAAGUGCUGUCCUAAAAGUCAGGUCACGGUUAUGGGCCAAGACAUUUCUCCAGAGGAAAAAUGAUCCCUAUUCUCUUGCAUCCCUGGUGUCCUUUGAAGUUAAGAAGAUGCCUUAUAAAGAUCAACCAGCCAAACUCCCUGAAGGCAGCAUAGCAAUUAAAACAUCGGUUAUUUGGGCAACCCCAAAUGUUUCCUUCUCGAUCCCGUUAUGGGUAAUAAUACUAGCAAUACUUCUUGGAUUACUGGUUCUGGCCAUUUUAACCUUGGCUUUAUGGAAGUGCGGAUUCUUUGACCGAGCAAGACCCCCCCAGGAUGAUAUGAACGACAGGGAACGGCUGACCAAUGAGAAAACCCCUGAGGCGUGAAGAGGAAAACCAAAGACCAAACAAACUCCGACACUGGCCCAGUUCAAAGAAAAGAAGGAUCAGGAGGGUUCAACCAAGGUUUUCCUGUACCUGCCAGCGUCCUAAGAAAUAGAAAGGCCAUGGUAUCACCUUGUCUACACUGUGCUUUGGAGAAGUUGCCUCGGAUCCCAGUGACCCUUUUGGGGAAGGAAGCAUCCUCGACGCUGCAGAAACAAUGGACAAUCGUGGAAGAUGUCUCUGGCUUGAGUCCUUCCGUAUUUGGCAGACACUUUGAAAUGGGUAUGGGAACGUGAGGUUGCUUUCCAGAUAAAUCCAACUGAAGUCUCAAAGACGCAAUGUCUGAAUUAGGAUAGACUUUAGAAGGUGAACUAGGACCAAACCUUCCGACACUACUGUAUCCAACGGAAUAUUUGACACCUCCCUCUGGAAAAGAAACAUUUCUAAUGACGUUACUGCUCAGGGAGACCAGCCUAUGCUGUUGGGACUGUGAAAGUACUUUGGAAACGGCAAAGAUCAUCUUUGUAAGUGAGGAUAACGAUUUAUUUAUUUAUUUUCCAUGGCUCUAGGCUGAUAUUCUAGAGGAUUUGGAAAUUAAGAUUUGGUUCGCUGGUUUUCAAAAUCACUCACUAGAUUUCCUUCCGAGAUAUCCAGUUUGUGCAGAAUAUAUCAUUUAACAGAACUUAGUCAGGAUUUAGACAGCGUUAAAGAAAAGCAAAUUGGUAUACAAAGACCGUUUCACUUAACACCUUGCUGCCUUCUACCUGAAAUUACUUUUAGUCACACUUUCCAGGGACUCACAUCUGCUUAAUUUAGCUUUGCAAAAAGUUGCAUUUGUAUUUCCUUUUACAAAAAAAAAAAAAUCUUCUUUCCGUUGACUUAAUUAGCAAUAUACAAAUUUCCAGGGACUCUUGACCCUAGGUGGUGCUUAAAAGUAAUGGUAACAUUUCUAGAGUCCAUUAAUAAAAAAGCAAUUUAAUAAUUUGGGUAAACAUAUUAUUUUUAAUAUCUACAAGAGGCAAUGCCAACAUUUAGCUUGGUAUUAAACACCUAUUUUUUUCUACUAUACCUCAAACUUAUAUUCACAGAAAAGACAUGUUAAACAUAAAUAGGAGGAAACAUAAAGUUAGGCAGAUGUGAGAUGAACCUAGAAAACAGGUUCCUAGGGAUUUUAUUUAGAAUUGCCUAUUCCCACUUUACUAUUCAUUUUUACUGCUAAUCUUUAUAGUACAUGACUUUGGAAAAUAAUUUUUACUUAAGCUAUUUUCCCAUUGUCUUUAAUUUAACCAUCACAGAAACUUUAUGUUUAAAACUCUUGUAAAUAAUCCAUAAUCAUGUGUAACAGUAUCAUUUUUCAAGUAAAAUUGUCCAGCCAAAUUUAUAUAGUCUGCCCAAGUUUGUAUCCUUUUUAUGAUAAUGAAAAACUAUUAUGAAGAGAUACUGAACAAAUUUUAUAUUUAUGUGCAAUAUUUUAUAGACCUAUGUAUCAAAAGCAUGUUUACACUGGCAUUAGUAAUUUU